UUCUACUUCUAUAAAACAAACCAAACCCUUAACUAAAUUCGUCAUCUUCACUCAACUCAAAGAGAAAACAACAGCAACAACGAAAAUGGCAGCAGCUUCAUCAAUGGCUUUGUCCUCCCCAUCUCUCGCCGGCCAAGCCGUGAAAUUAUCCCCCGCCGCUGCCUCCAACCUCCUCGGCGAGAGCCGUGUCACCAUGAGGAAAACCGCUGGCAGGCCCAAGCCCGUCUCCUCCGGUAGCCCAUGGUACGGCCCAGAUCGUGUCAAGUACUUGGGCCCAUUCUCCGGCGAGCCCCCCUCCUAUCUUACCGGCGAGUUCCCCGGCGACUACGGCUGGGACACUGCUGGCCUCUCUGCCGACCCAGAGACCUUCGCCAAAAACCGUGAGCUGGAAGUGAUCCACUCGAGGUGGGCCAUGCUUGGGGCUCUUGGGUGCGUCUUCCCGGAGCUUCUGUCUCGCAACGGCGUGAAGUUCGGCGAGGCCGUGUGGUUCAAAGCCGGGUCUCAGAUCUUCAGCGAGGGUGGGCUCGACUAUUUGGGGAACCCGAGCUUGGUUCACGCGCAGAGCAUUCUGGCGAUCUGGGCUUGCCAGGUUGUGCUGAUGGGAGCCGUGGAGGGGUACAGAAUUGCGGGUGGGCCGCUGGGUGAGAUCACGGACCCAAUUUACCCAGGGGGGAGCUUCGACCCAUUGGGGCUGGCGGACGACCCAGAGGCCUUCGCCGAGCUCAAAGUGAAGGAGCUGAAGAAUGGAAGAUUGGCAAUGUUUUCGAUGUUUGGAUUCUUUGUGCAGGCAAUUGUGACAGGGAAAGGACCUUUGGAGAACUUGGCUGACCAUUUGGCUGACCCUGUUAACAACAACGCUUGGGCUUUUGCCACUAACUUUGUACCUGGAAAGUGAUCAUCACUCCUCCUCCUAUUUAGCUUCUACUUCCUAAUGUGUUCUAAAUAUUUGGGUGUUUCAUGUUAUGGAACUAUCAAGCUUUUCCUUUAA